GGGAAGUGAGAGAGGGUGAGAGGGUUUUUUUUUUAUAGUGUAGGGUGAUUGGAUUGAAGUUUUGGGGAAAUAGAAUUCCGAAGCAGCAAAGAGGAAAAUGAAGAGAGUCUUUGGGGUCAAGAAAGACAAAGAACCUCCUCCUUCUGUUCAAGACGCCACCGAUAGGAUUAAUAAAAGAGGUGAAACAGUGGAUGAGAAGAUCAAAAAGCUUGAUGCUGAACUUAGUAGAUAUAAGGAACAGAUCAAGAAAACACGACCUGGUCCAGCUCAAGAAGCUGUUAAAGCUAGGGCCAUGAGGGUUCUCAAGCAAAAACGGAUGUAUGAAGGGCAGCGUGAUAUGCUUUAUAACAGACUUUCAAUCUUGAUCAAGUUGCAUUUGCUGCCGAAGGAAUCAAAGAUGCUCAACAGACUCUUUGACACACCAGAUGCCUAUACUGGGGCAUAUUACCCUCAUCAGGGGAUUUUCCUAAUUGUGAUUGGUUUGUACGACUCCCACAUCCAUGAUUUGUAG